CAGUUCCGGUUUCAUUUAAACAAGAUGGCGGAAGGAGAAGACCGCAAUAAUGAGCAACCUGAAGAAGAAUUAGCCAUGGACCCUGUUAUUAAACAUCCACUUGAAAAUUGCUGGGCCAUUUGGUUUUUCAAGAAUGACAAGGCUAAAGACUGGGCUUCUAAUCUAAAGAGGAUUGCUGCUUUCGAUACGGUUGAAGAUUUUUGGGCAUUGUUUAACCAUAUUAUGCCAGCCAGUAAACUUGCGCCGGGAUGUGAUUAUUCGUUGUUUAAGGACGGAGUUCAACCGAUGUGGGAAGAUGAAAAAAAUAAAAAUGGAGGCCGAUGGCUGAUAAAUUUGGUUAAGAAUCAAAGAAGUACGGAGUUGGAUAAGUUUUGGUUAGAAACACUCUUAUGUAUGAUAGGUGAAGCCUUUGGUGAAUACGGACAUCAAAUUUGCGGUGCUACCAUCAACAUUAGAACGAAAGGAGAUAAAUUAGGUCUUUGGACGCAAAACAGCACUGACGAAUUGGGAAUCGUGUCCAUAGGGAAAACCUUGAAGGAACGCUUAAACAUGAAUCGAAGCACGAUGGGAUACCAAGCUCACGCUGAUACUAUGUCAAAAACGGGAUCGACAGCUAAAAAUAGAUACGUGGUUUGA